UUGAACCCGGGACCUCUCGCACCCUAAGCGAGAAUCAUACCCCUAGACCAACGAGCCAACGCGAUCCGUUUUACUUGGUUGUUGUUACAGAAGCCGUGCGCUCGCGCGUGCACUUUUAUCUUGCGGCCCGACCGCAGCGAGCUUGCUCGGCGAGUCACAGUGCAAGAUGGCCGAGUCGAGCGAGCAGGACUUCAACCGUAGCGGACUAACUGUCCGUCGCGGUCGGGCAUGGUACACCGGACAACGAGCUCAGCGAGUAUCAAGCCGCCUGGUCGGCGUCGUAGGCGCCGACUGUUGGAGUCUCGACUUGUCGUUCAACGAACUGUCGUCGCUCAGCGCGCUCAAGGAUUUUCCUCGGUUGCGAGAAUUGGUGCUCGACAAUAACGAUCUGAAAGACCUGAGCACGCUGCCGACAAUGGUCGGCCUGAGCACUUUGAGCUUGAACAACAACAAGGCCAAGAUAUCAGACGUCGACUCCGCUUUGGAGCGCAUCCGGCAGUGCUGUCCGCAAAUUAGCUACGUCAGCAUCCUCGGUAAUCCGGGUUGCCCCGACCAAUUGACGUAUCCGAACGCCAACGACGAGGAAGAUUAUGAGCGAUAUCGCGUGUACGCAAUUCACGUGCUGCCGGUAACUCUGAGGUUUCUAGACUCCAGGCCAGUCACGAAUCGAGAGAGGACGUUGGCGAACAAUCGAGGCAAGUUCUUCAAGACUGUGAGGUUCGACGGCAAAAGCGCCAAGAGUGUUGUACCGACGAAACCUCAGGACGUUUUUGAUGAGAUCAAUUUCCAUGUGAAAUACACGCCGUUACCGAUUUCCGUGAGGUCUCCGCAGGAUCACAAAGGUGCCUAUGGAAAAUGCAGAUAUCAGUACUCGGGCAAAAAUUCUGAAGGUAAUCGCUUUAUAAGCAAUAACGACCUGUAGCUGUGUAAAAACGGCGAGUGAUCGAUUGGUCAUACAACCAAAAAUCAAAUUGUCGUCGUACAUUUUCAAGUAAUGUCGGAAUGCAUGAGACGCCAUAUGACAAUUGCACUUAUGAGAGAGAGAAAAAAUACAAGAAAAAGUACUUAUUGCCUUCAUUGCGCGAGCGAAACAACAAGAAAUUAUAAUGUACAUAAG